UGGGACCCCGAGAUGCAGAGAAAGAGGAAUCUGAGGCUGUUUUCUUGGAGGUGGAGAGAUAGGAUAUUAGCUUUAAAACCUGACAAGGUGCUCCCUGGGGCCAGCGCGGUCACUUUCUAGUCUGUGAGCUCAGCCAGAUGCCUUCACUACAAAGUUGCAGUUGUUUAACUGACAGGAUUAAUGAGAAAAUUCUUGGAGAAAACAGGCAGAAGAGCGCCUCUCCCUUGGCUGUUAAAAUCACCAGAUGGCGGGUGCUGUUGCCAUGCCUGGCAUGGGUGACACCAGGAAGGCUCCUGACCCCUUCCCAAGCCCUCCACCCGGCCUCCCCCUCUCCAGAGUCCCUCCUCCGCCAGGGCUUCCCUGGGCUGGAGGAGGAGGCCGGCUCUCGGGAGGGGGUGGGGCCUUAUUCCAGCCUGGCCAGGCAGGCUCCGCAGAGGCCAACGAGCUGGGCUUGCACCUUCCCACUGCCCGCUUCCAGCCCAGGCCUCUGUACCACCCCAAGCGCUCCCUUUCUGAAGCAGUCAUGUCUGUGACAAAGAAAGCCAGGGCUCGCCAGGAAGCCGCCACCCUCACACUGGACCUCAUGCCGUCUCCCCAAAGUACCAAGAAGCUGCAGGACCAGGAGUCCAGUGUCUUGAACAGAAGUGCCUCAGAGCGCUCGGGUCUGGAGGAGACCAAGGGCAUAACAGGGUUCCAGACCCUGGUCCACCUGGUGAAAGGCAACAUGGGCACAGGCAUCCUGGGCCUCCCCCUGGCCGUGAAGAACGCAGGCAUCCUGAUGGGGCCGCUCAGCCUGCUGGUGAUGGGGUUCGUCGCCUGCCACUGCAUGCACAUCCUGGUCAGGUGUGCCCGCCGCUUCUGCUGCAGGCUUAACAAGCCCUUCAUGGACUACGGGGAGACGGUGAUGCACGCGCUGGAAGCCAGCCCCAGCACCUGGCUCCGGAGCCACGCCGCCUGGGGGAGGCACAUCGUGGGCUUCUUCCUCAUCGUCACCCAGCUGGGGUUCUGCAGCGUGUACAUAGUGUUUCUGGCUGACAACCUGAAACAGGUCAUAGAAGCGGUUAAUGGCACCAGCAACAACUGCAGCAGCAACCAGACGGUGACCCCGAUGCCCACCAUGGACUCGCGGCUCUACAUGCUCACCUUCCUGCCCUUCCUGGCGCUGCUGGUCUUCAUCCGGAACCUCCGGGUCCUGACCAUCUUCUCCCUGCUGGCCAACCUGAGCAUGCUGGUCAGCCUGGUCAUCAUAGCCCAGUACAUCGCCCAGGGAAUUCCAGACCCCAGCCAGUUGCCGCUGGUGGCCAGCUGGAAGACCUACCCGCUCUUCUUCGGAACUGCCAUCUUUUCCUUCGAAAGCAUCGGCGUGGUUCUGCCUCUGGAAAACAAGAUGAAGGACGCCCGCCACUUCCCAGCCAUCCUGUCGUUGGGGAUGUCCAUCGUCACCACCCUGUACAUCGCCAUCGGGGCUCUGGGUUACCUGCGCUUUGGCGAUGACAUCAAAGCCAGCAUAACCCUUAACCUGCCCAACUGCUGGCUGUACCAGUCCGUGAAGCUGCUGUACAUCCUCGGCAUCCUGUGCACCUACGCCCUGCAGUUCUACGUCCCAGCCGAGAUCAUCAUCCCCUUCGCCAUCUCUCAGGUGUCCGAGCGCUGGGCACUGCCCGUGGACCUGUCCACCCGCCUCGCCAUGGUCUGCCUGACCUGCGUCCUGGCCGUGCUCAUCCCGCGCCUGGACCUGGUCCUCUCCCUGGUGGGCUCCAUGAGCAGCAGCGCCCUGGCCCUCAUCAUCCCGCCGCUCCUAGAGGUCACCACCUACUCCUCCCGGGGCCUCGGCCCGCUCACCCUCGCCAAGGACGCCAUCAUUAGCGUGCUGGGCUUCGUGGGCUUCGUGGUGGGGACCUACCAGGCCCUGGACGAGCUGAUUGAGUCGGGGGUCUCUCUCCCCGCUUCUAACUCCACCCUUUUUGUUCAGUGAGAAUGGACGCCCCUCGGCCACCCACCCCUGACCCGCCAUGGCAUGGGUCUUGUCUACACGCGCUGUCUUUAUGCAGCUGAUUUGCCUUUUCUCUGGGCACAGUAAAACAAGCAAAGACUCGCCAGCUACAAGGUCUAAAUGAUAAUUUUUUAAAAUUUU